UGUUAUCUCUGGUUAUGACAAAGUGACAUUUAUUAGCUUGUUUAUGUUUACCAAAUGGAUUGAAAUGUUUGUACGAUUUUGUAGGUAGAAGUUUUGCAGGUUUUGUUUUGUGAUAUUUCUGUUUGCACAUGAAUACGAAAGUUUCCAAAAUGCCGGCAAUAAAGGAUUCAAAUAUCGUUAAAAUUGCAGUUGAAAUGGAGAAUCAAGUAGCCCAACUUAUUGAAUUUAAUCAGAAACAACCUCUUGCUACAAUAAUCACAGAACUGUGCAAUGCAUGGGGUUUGUCCGAUUCAGAGAAGUUUGCUUUGCAGUUUUCGGAGAACAAUAACGAGAACUACAUCACCGAGAAAAACAGAAACGAAAUAAAAAACGGUUCAGUUUUAAGACUUGCUUUAUCACCUUCAACUACGGCACAGGAUAUCCUUCAGAAGUUGAAUUCGGGAACAAAUGAAGAGAAAACCAAUGCACUAGAACGUCUGUCUAAAAUCAGUACCGAUGUCACUUUUGCGCUUGAAUUCAUUAACAAGCAGGGUCUAGCCUUAGUUAUUAGCAUGAUAGAAGGUGAAAAAUACAAAGCGAACACACUUGCUUACGCGUUGACAUCAUUUGUGGAACUCAUGGAUCAUGGAAUAGUAUCCUGGGACAUCCUCGAAGCACCUUUCAUAAAUAAAGUUGUGAGUUAUGUGAACAAUCUUGCAGUUUCCCACGAUGCCAAGAUCAUUCAAGCUUCACUGUCGAUCCUCGAGAACAUUGUGUUGAACAGCUCGGGUAAAUAUACACAGGUCGAAAAAGAAGUUACGUUUCCUAAUCUCGUGAAGCACCUGGAGAGUCAGAACCCAGCGAUACAGUUGAACGCCAUCGCGCUCAUCAAUGCUCUGUUCCUCAAGGCUGAUCUCGGGAAGAGGAAGGCUGUGGCUGCCACGCUGUCCUCAAAACAUGUUCGCAACGUGAUGCUGAACCAUAUAAUACAGUCUGCCUCGGGCCAGGUGGGAGCGGAGAUGGCACAUCAGCUGUACGUUCUCCAGACGUUAAUGCUGGGCCUGCUGGAACAGAGGAUGAACACAAAAAUGGACCCCCAGGACCAGGACGCCCACGAGAAGAUCAAGGAGCUGAGGCGGAUCGCCUUCGACUCGGACGGCUCGGGCGUGGGCGCGGACGUGAUCGCCCGCCGCCAGCAGGGGGGCUUCUCCAAGGAGUACAAGAAGCUGGGGUUCAAGUGCGACAUCAACCCCGCGCAGGACUUCACGGAGACCCCGCCGGGCAUGCUGGCGCUCGACUGCAUGGUGUACUUCGCCCGCCACCACACCGAGAGCUACACCAAGGUGGUGCUGGAGAACUCGUGCCGCGCGGACGAGCACGAGUGCCCGUUCGGCCGCACCAGCGUGGAGCUGUGCAAGCUGCUGUGCGAGGUGCUGCGCAUCGGGGAGCCGCCCAGCGAGCAGGGCCAGGUCUACCACCCCAUGUUCUUCACGCACGACCGCCCCGUCGACGAGUUCUUCUGCAUCUGCAUCGUGAUGCUCAACAAGACGUGGAAGGAGAUGAGGGCCACCACCGAGGACUUCGUCAAGGUGUUCAGCGUGGUGCGGGAGCAGAUCACCCGCGCGCUCGCCGCCCAGCCGACCGGCCUCGACAAGUUCCGCGCCAGGCUGCAGCAGCUCACGUACCAGGAGAUCACCAACCUGUGGCAGCAGGAGCGCACGCAGCGCGAGGAGUGGGAGACGCACGCCCGCCCCAUCGUGGAGCUCAAGGAGCAGAUCACGCCCGAGAUCGUGGAGCUGAUCCACCAGCAGCGGCUGGGGUUCCUCGUCGAGGGCACGCGCUUCACCAAGUACUCGUCCCGCGGCCAGAGGAUCAAGGACAAGUUCUGGUACGUGCGCCUGUCCCCCAACCACAAGGUGUUCCACUACGGCGACUGCGACGAGAAGAGCGUGCCGACGCUGGAGGAGCUGCCGAACAAGCUGGCGGUGGUGGACGUCAAGGCGCUGGUCACCGGGAAGGAGUGCCCGCACAUGAAGGACGUCAAGGGAAGGAAGACGACCCACCAACUUGCCUUCUCGCUCACUCUCGACUCGGUGGAAACCACUUCGUUGGACUUUGUCGCCCCGGAGGAACAGGUGUUUGAUUACUGGACAGAUGGCAUCAAUGCUUUGUUGGGUAACAAGAUAAUGAGCAAGGAAGCAGAGAAGGACUUGGAGACUUUGCUCUCGAUGGACAUAAAGCUGCGGCUGCUGGAUGCAGAGGGGGUGGACAUCCCUCAGGAUCCACCGCCCAUCCCGGCCGAUCCUCCCAACUACGACUUCUGCUAUGAGCUUAAAUGAUGCACAGGGUCAUCAUUUUUGGCUCGUGGCCACAAUCCCAACAUUCUCAUUAAGUGGCGUGCAUUUUUCCUGCACGUCAAUUGUUCAGUAUGUAUAUUUAUGUAUUUCCAAAGGUAAGUUAAGAACUUUAUUUAUGCAUCAUUCACAUUUAAUUGCCAUUCCUAUAUAUAUUUUAAAAAAAUAUAUAAAUGAGACCACAUGUUAUUUAUGUAACAGAUUAACAGAAUGUCCUGCAUGAAUUUCACUGUUUCAAAGUAUUGUGUUGUGAAUUUCCAUUUUAUGCCCUAAACUAUAUAGUAGUAGUAUUCCAUUUAGAAUCUUUUUUUUUUAUGUGAGUGAAAUCAGGCAAUACUUUGACUGAAAACGAUUUGAUCUUAUUUGGCUGAAUGUACAGUAGGUAUUCCCCCUUCCCACCACACCAUUUUCACAACAAUCAAUAAUAUCCUACUUAGGUAUUUUCUUCAAUGUUUUGUACAUUUUAUUAUUAAAGUUUGGAUUGUCCGAGGCUUCGUUGUCAUGUGUUUAGGGUAGCUGGUUCAGUCCCACCCUCAGUAAUAACUCAGUUUAUAAAGGCAUAGUCAAGUGAAACGUUAACAAAUUUUAAGCUUGUUGGUUUAUUAUUACAUACUUAGUUUAAUGAAAACUAUUUGUUAGUGUACCUGAAUUUAUAUAUUUUAUUUAGCUUGUAUUUUAAAGUUUGAGGAUGAGGUUCUAUUUUUCAGUCUCAGAACUACAUAGAAUUUAAAUUUAAAAAAAAAAAGGCUUGACUGGUUAAUAUUUGUUUAAUUAGAUUUAAUAUGUGGAAUUGUCGUAAAUACUAUACUGGUAAUUUCAAAGUGAAACGUUUUUUGUUUGUUUUAUAGACUGAGUUUAAGUUUAUGAAUGUGGUAAGAGAUUUUUUCUUCUGGUAGUACACAGUGAAUAAUAUUUUUUUUUGUUUUAAAAAAUAAACAGGUUUUUAUCAAAAAAUGCUGCUCUAUAACAAACACAUUGCCAAGUACUCGUAAAAAAAAGCAGUUUUAUCUCUUAUCACAUUCACUGAACAAUCUUGUAUAACCACAACAUUCAAAUUAAAUUUUCUCUUCAUUUUACAUUGAAGUGGCUGUAUAAAAGAUAUUAUAUAUGUUCACAAUGAAAUAAAUACCUUGUUGAUAAAUUUUUCAUGCAGUAGAUCAAUAAUGCAUGGGGAUAUUUGUAUCUAAACAGUCACAGGAAAUAUUCAGAUCUGAAAUAGAGUAAUGUAGAAAUACUGGAGAUUGGCUGUGGAAAUCAUGGACACUAGCAGUAAUCAUUAUGUUCUCAUUUUUAGUGGUCUGUUUUGAUUGUUUUGUUAAGAUUGCCUCAUUUAUGUAGUGAAAAGUUAUUUUCUCAGCAUAUUACCUAAUUAGUAAUUAGGUUAUAGCCUGCUGAAGAGACAGUCAUUUUCAGUCAGAUGGGAGACACAUCAGACAGUGUUAUUUUGAAGUGGAAAACUAUUAAAAAAUACUACCUUUUAAAAAUACAUUAAUUGAGAAAUGUACUGCAGUUUUUGUAAUGACUAGAAUGAAAAUUUGUUGAUCAUUUUGUCUACAUGAAUGUGAUAUUAUGGCCAUUUAUAAUUUUUCUUCUCGGCAAAAAACUUCUCUACAUAUAUGUAGCAAGCAAAUAAAAUAAUUGUCUCUUUAGUUUAGUUAUGUAAUGUUAUCUGACUGGUAAGUAGUUACUCUGUGGGUUUCAUGAAUCUCAUUCAGACAAUUAGCGACUAAAUCAAGGAUUGUGGUAUGUCUAAUUGUAUAGGGAUUAGUGAUGGGUAAAAUCCCAUUUUUCUUAUAUCAAAAUCCAGAAUUCAAAUCCUUAAGAGUAUGAUUAUACCCCUUGAAUCUUAAUCUUAUGUCUCAAGGGUCAAAAAUAAUAUAAUAUACAAGAAAUUAAAAGUAUUAACUUGGUGUAGAAACAUUCAACCCUUUAAUUGUUUGUUUCACAAAUUAAGUUCCGAGAUUCUGUACAGAUUGUAUUUUAUUUAUGAAAUACAUAUUAAAAGUACAUUAUCUUGGGGAAUGGUAACAGGAUCUGCAUGAAGAAAAAAAAUUGGCCUUGGAUAUUUCAGAGAUUAUCAUUCUUGAAUUUUUUUUUAUUUACUUGUUAUUUAUUACCUCUUAAUAUUUUUCUUCACAUCUUUCUCCUAGAAUAUCAAAUUUUUCAGAUACUAAGGUUUUUAUUUCAGAAUGUGAGGAUUUGAUUGGUCCAUCUCUAAUAGUAAUCAAAUCAUUGUAUUUUUAAUUGGUAUGAUACAAACUGAACACAACAAUUUUGAAUUUGGUGUAACUGUUCACACAGUUCAACAAUAUUUUGUGCUUUGAAUAAAUAUUUAAGAUCUGGAAGUAUAUAGCUGCAAAUAUAAAGUGUAAUUUUAUAGCAUUUAUUAUUUCUGUAUUAUUAAAAAUAGUUUAGUACAUAGCAGUAUUUUUCUCUUAUUUUUUAUCAAUAAAAAUGAUAUUACUUUAUAAAUAAUGCUGGAAUUGUGUUAUAUUUUAAUAUUGAAGCAUUUUUACCCAAUGGUUAUUUUUGCAAACAAUUGUACAUGUACCAAAGAUAAAUAGAUCUUAAAAUAAUGAUAUUAUUUAGUUACUAAAUGCACUGAAAAAAUAUUUUUGUAAGUGUUAGUAUGUAAUGGCCUUAAAUUUAGUAGGAAGUGAAAUAAGAUGUAUGUAAUGUAAAUUUCAUAGAUCAAAUAUACACUAUGAAUGUCAGUUCUACUUUUUAAAUGUAAUGUCCUUUAGCUCUCAGACACACACCCAAAUUGUAAUUGGCACUGUUAUUUUUUGAAAUUUUGCAAUGUACUAAUUUUAGAAUGUAUAUACUGUAGAAAAAGUUGAAAGAAAGUCUGAUAAUGUAUGUUGCUUUGAACAUUUAUAUUGGAUUCACAAUUUGAAGAACAUUAGUACAGCAACCAAAGCAACAUAUUGCUGCUGAAAGAUUGUACAUUUACUCAUUGUCUUAAGUUAUUACCGGUGUAAUUUACUGUGGUCAUGACCAUUUUGUAAAUGGAAAAAUCCUUGUUACGAAGUACAUUCUAAAUUUCUUUUCA